UGACAGUUCCCUGUGACAGUUUGACAGUGACAGCCAUGACAGUGUCACGUGUGCUCGUCAUCCUGGUGCUCCUGGUGGGUUGUCAGUGCCAGGAUGAUUUCCUAUCGUCGCUCUUUUCCGGUCUGCUGGACAGCAUGUCGGACCAGGUGGUGACGAAGGAGUGUCCCGGGGUGUGCGUGCAUCCACUCACAUCCUUCGUGUGCACCAACGUCAUAGCCGAGGGGAAAUGCCCCACUGAGAUGGUGUGCUGUGGCAACGACACACUCCCCACCACUGAGGAGCCGACCACCACGGACUCGUACGAGGAGGAGGACGAGGAGCCCACCACAAAUACCCUCGACUACCCAUAUCACAAAAACAGUGGGUACAAGAACUGCACCGGCGUGUGCGUGAAGCCGCAACACGCUCAGUAUUGUCAGGCGUAUCUGACCAGCUCCAACCUGUGCCCCGGCGACAUGCGCUGCUGCGUCACCGAGGAGGGGUACGGGAACAGACGCCCGCCCGACCUGGUCGUGCCGAACGAGCUCAAGAAUGCUACCAAGAGCCCCAGUCAUAGUAAUAAGCAACACAAACAUAAGUGCAAGGGCCACUGCGCCAGCCAGUACAUGUGGCUGAUGUGCUCGUCCGUGGACCACGACGCGUACUGCCCCAAGGGCAAGACGUGCUGCAACGACACCCAGUUCACCACCGCACGGCCCACCACGCCGCGACCCACCACGCAACGACCUACCACUUAUGCGCCGCUGCCGCGGUGUCCAGGGCGGUGCGUGAUGCCCACUUUCGCGGUGUUCACCUGCUCGGCGCCUAUCCUGGAGCGCACGCAGUGCAACCGAGAGGGAUACGUGUGUUGCGACGAAUCCAGGAUGCCCCCACCAGUAGUGCACCGCCCCCCUCCCACCACGACCACGACCACCACCACGACAACGACGACGCCCGCGCCGGUCGACCCUCGGCCGGACUGUCCCGGCUCGUGCAUCGUCUCAAUAUUAUCCUUUACUUGUUUCCGUAACGCGGAGAUGACAGACGUGUUCAAGUGCAAAAAGACCGGCACCCAGUGCUGCGCGCCCAAGUCCAAGGUGCAGGAGAUCCUCGGGCGCGUGGAGCGCAACGACACGUACCCGCUCGCGCCGCACGCGCCGCCGCCGCACCAGCUGCCGCACCACGCGCACCCCGCGCACUACACGCACUACGCGCCCGCCGCCGCGCCCGCCACCGGCCCCGCGCACACCACGCCUCUAUCACCCUACGAGCCUAACUAUGUGUCUACAUUAAAAUCAACUGAAAAACACAACAAAUACGUGUGUGGUGUCAAAGGCACAUCAGCACGUUCUGCGCGGCGCAUGGGUCGCGUGAUGGGCGGCGAGGACGGCGAGCGCGGCGAGUGGUGCUGGCAGGUGGCGCUCAUCAACUCGCUCAACCAGUACCUGUGCGGCGCCGCGCUCAUCGGCACGCAGUGGGUCCUCACCGCCGCGCACUGCGUCACCAAUAUCGUGCGAUCAGGCGACGCGAUGUACGUGCGAGUAGGCGACCACGACCUCACCAGGAAAUAUGGCUCGCCGGGCGCACAGACUCUGCGAGUCGCCACCACCUACAUACACCACAACCACAACAGCCAGACCCUGGACAAUGAUAUAGCGUUACUCAAGCUUCAUGGCAAGGCGGAGCUUAAGGAAGGUGUUUGCCUGGUGUGUCUUCCCGCGCGAGGAGUCAGCCAUGCAGCUGGUAAGAGGUGUACUGUCACCGGAUACGGAUACAUGGGAGAAACGGGCCCAAUCCCCCUCCGAGUACGGGAGGCCGAGCUACCAAUAGUAAGCGACGCGGAGUGCAUCCGGAAAGUGAACACCGUCACCGACAAGAUCUUCAUCCUGCCCGCCAGCUCCUUCUGCGCCGGAGGAGAGGAGGGGAACGAUGCUUGCCAGGGUGAUGGUGGAGGUCCACUAGUAUGCCAGGACGACGGUUUCUACGAGCUGGCGGGGCUGGUGUCCUGGGGCUUCGGCUGCGGGCGGCGCGACGUGCCCGGGGUCUACGUCAAGGUGUCCUCCUUCAUCGGAUGGAUCAACCAAAUCAUAUCCGUCAAUAACCAAUAACAAUAGCUCUAAAGGAGGAUAUUGGGUUGAGAUAUUUUUGUGGAAAUAGAUAAAAAUGAAAAAAUUUAAUCAGUCGACAGCUAAAUGCAAAA